AUGAAGUCCCCAGUCAGCUUUGUUGCGAUUAUGCUAUUUUGUCUCUCUGGGGCUCGAGCUUCAUUUACCGAUGCAGACAAGCAACGGGCUGUUUCCCUUCAUAACAACCACCGAUCUUCCGUGACGCCAAGCGCUAGUAACAUGAAGCCCAUCGAGUGGGAUGAAGGUCUCGCCACAGCUGCCCAGCAAUUGGCCGAUAGCUGCAAAUUCGAGCAUAAUCGUGCCGGGCAAAACUUAUAUGAGGGCAGUGAUCCAGCGAAUCUUGUGAAACAGGCAAUAGAUGCGUGGCACAAUGAACAUAAAGACUAUAAUUACGAUAGCAAUACAUGCGGGCCCAAUGCGAUCUGUGGACAUUACACUCAAGUUGUUUGGGCGGACUCUUCCAAAGUCGGUAUGGCUGUAUCCUCGAGGAAGUGUGAAAGUGGCAUGUAUAUUGUAGUCGCCAACUAUGACCCUGUUGGCAACUAUGCUGGCGAAAAACCUUACAAGCAACAGUGA